GUGUUACAGAAUAUGAGUAUUCUGUAAUUAAAAUCAACCAAGAAAAUUGUUAUUUUGUAAUCGUAGAAAAUAUACUAUUCUAGACGCACAGAAUACGAUUGGAACACAAAAUCGCUCUUAUAGACAUUUAUAUAGCCACAGAUAAUCUGACAAAUAUCAAUCGCGGUUAAAAACAUUGUACGCGUCACAAAAAAAUAAUAUCAAUUUUGUCACAAUGAACAAAACAUAAUAUUAAUUUUGCGACAACCGGAUUAUGUUUAUAUUUAAAUUAUAGCGACUAACAUAUCUUUCUAUUCUAUUUAUUAUGUCUAUGAUUCUAGUAGGCGCAUCUCUAGUUUUCGUACGUCAAUGCUCGGUCGAUCUUUCAGAUGUGUUUCAGAUUUCCUGUGUAGCGAGUCAAGUUGACGCUGCAUUGCAGCUGUCAAUUCGAAAAUAAAAAAAUCUGGAAUAUAUUCUCAUCAAUUUGAAGAAAAUUAGAAGAAACUUUUCAUAAAUUGAGCAAUAUUCCGGAUUAAGUUAAGUUUUGUUGUCAGUAAUCGGCAACUGGAUCACCACAUUUCCACUUUUAGAACAUCUACUUUUAUCUCAGAGGUGAAUGUUCUAUUACUUCUAUUAUUAAACAAUGGCAAGGGGACAACAGAAGUUGCAAUCACAAGCUAAAGCACAAGAAAAGGCUGCUAAGGCCAAAAAGCAGCAAGGCCAUAGUGCUACUGACCAGAAAAAGGCAGCCCAGAAGGCUUUAGUGUACGUUUGUACCGUUUGUAAGGCCCAAAUGCCUGACCCCAAAACUUAUAAACAACACUUUGAGAAUAAACAUCCCAAGAGUGAAGUGCCUGCAGAAUUGAAAGACGUAUGAAAUUUUCAAUUCGCGUUUAACACCAUCUGUGUUUCACUGUUAGAGGGACACUUUUUGUUGUUAUGGUUCUUGAGUUACUUCUGCCUUCAUUUCAUUCAUUUGGCUAUUUUUAAAGUUGUUCUCAGUUAAAACUACUAAAUAAGUCUGUUCACCACAAAAUUCUAUGAUUAUUAAAAUAUAUUUUAAAAAUUAAAAUUUCAAGGAUUUUGCUCUGCUUCAAGGUAUAUUCAAAUUAAAACUUUAAACACUGCCCUGUUUUUAAGUUUGUGCUAUAUGUGCCUAUUCAGGACAAAACAAAAUUUGAAAACCUUGUAGUUCUUUUAAAAAAAUAACAUUUAGUUAGCUCUUCAUUUGAAGGACACACAGUUAAUUAAAGUUGUUUCAUUAGCAGCUAAAAAUUGGGGUGUUUUUUUUUGAUUUAGACAAUAAUGCAACAAUCACGACAAAACAAACAGGUGUCAAUAUAAAAAAAAAUCAGAAAAAAAAACACUUAAUUUUUUUUUUAACUAUUUUUAUUAAUUUUAUAUUAUAAUUUCUUAAUCCUUCUCUUUGUGGACUCGGUAGAGGUGGACUAGGUGAACUACCAUCCAUCAUUGAUGACGAUGGCGAAUCAGUGCAAGAAUAAAACAACAAUUACAAAAUUAAAACUAUUGUUUUGUUUGGUAGCUUGGUAGCUGGUAUAUUCUGCAUUGGUAAAAGUGACAUAUACAAAUUUUAAAAUAGAUGGUGUUAGUGAGAGUCUACAGCCCCUCACUUGAACCUCUAUUCGACCCAAAGAGACACCGUUCAAUCACACUUGAGCAUUUUGUAUAACAAAACAUAUUAUUUCUUCAGAUGUGUUGUUUUUUUUCUUCCGUCUGUAAAAAUCUGAAGAGGUCAAUAUUUUUGACCAGACUUACUUGACAAUUGAAAAAUUUGUAUGUAUAAAGAUUACAGCUUUAGAUCUUCUGGUUUUUGGAGUUAAACCUCGGUGAGGAUACCACAAUAAAAAUCUUGCUGUCUACAUUUGAUUUGUCUGAUUUAUUAAUUUUUUUUUUUUCUAAACUCUAAAUCGUAAAGGAACAAACCCAAUUUUUUAGCUGCUAAUUAAAUAACUUUAGUGAACUGUGUUCUCCAUUUAGUUAUUUUUUUAAUACAAACAGGUCACAACGUUGUGAUUUGUCCUGAAGAGUACAAACUUAAAUAAACAAGGCAAAGCUUUUUUAAACAUACCUUAAAACAGGGCAAAAUUCUUGAAUUUUAAUUUUUAAAAUAUAUUCCAACAUUUAUAGGAUAGAUAGAUUUCACACUUAAGAAUCACUUUGUGGUGAACAGACUUUUUGGUAGUGUUAAAUCUUAAUUUGUAUUUAUUGAUGAUCAUGCUGUUAUUCAGAUGGUUUGUAUUUUUUAUUCCUACAUUUGUACUAAUAAACAUGUUUGACCAA